GUGAACCGUUAUUUAGAUUUGCUUUAACAGAGACAGCGAACAUGUGAAGUGUUUGUAUUAUUGCUUUGACAAUUACGGUGCAUACAUGACUCACCAGCAGUUAUAUUGUAUAUUCCAUAAGAAGAAAAAGGUGUAUAGUAUGUUAAAGCUUAAAGACGAUUUACAUUUCCGGUCUUUGCAAUCAAGCUAAUAUUGAAGCUAAACCUUAGCAUGUCCUCUGUCAACCACUUUCAGUACUACAAGCUUCGUUAGACAUUGAGGAGACGCACCUAGCAGAUUUAGUACAGCAUGUCUGCGUGUAAAAGGCUACUUUGCUUUGUGAAGCACAAAAGCGUGUGGACGCACGUUAAGAGAAAUGUCACAACGUGGUCACCCGUUGGAGCUGCGUUCAAUGCCAAGCCUCACCGGAGACUGGACCGGUUUGAGAAAAGCGUGGGAUUGUUUGGAGUGCCAGAGCUGAGUUGCCCUGCAGGCUUCCAGGUUGCUGCAAACAGAGCUCUGGAAGACACAGAACUCCUGCUGGGAAAGGUGUGCACCUGUCCUCCUGGAGGCGAGACAGUCCAGCAUUUUGACCGGCUCUCAGAUGCUCUGUGUAAAGUGGCUGAUUUGGCAGACUUUGUAAAAGUGGCUCAUCCAGAUCCAUCGUUCCGUGAGGCCGCAGAGAGAACCUGCAUAGAGGUUGGCACAGUUGUGGAAAAGCUGAACACUAACGUUGAGUUAUGCAAGAGCCUGAAAAGGUUGCUGGACGACCCAGACAUUGUGGCUCAGCUGGACUCUGAUACAAGGCGAGUGGCAGAGUUGUUCAUGUUUGACUUUGAAAUCAGUGGAAUUCAUCUGGACGACAAUCUGCGGGAGGAGGCAGUUUCUCUGCACACAAAGCUGCUAAACCUGAAUAAUGAGUUUCUAGUGGGCUCUCACAUGCCCAACAGGAUUGCAUCCUCUGUGAUCCCUUCACAUCUACAGAUGCAGUUUGAUAAUGAAGGAAGCUUCAUCCAAAUCGGGGGAUUACAUGCAGAGUCCCCUGAUGACUUGGUGCGAGAGAUAGCCUACAGAAUUUACCUCUAUCCUAAUGCAGAAUUGAUGGAGUGUCUGGACGAGCUGCUGAAAUGCAGAUACAAACUUGCCCAACUGGUUGGCUACGAGUCUUAUGGACACAGGGCUCUAAAGGGAACAAUGGCAGAAACACCAGAGACAGUGAUGAGCUUUCUGCAGCUGUUAACAGACAAGCUAUCUGACAGAACAGCCAAAGACUUUCAGAUGAUGAGGCAAAUGAAGAAGAAACUCAACCCUCGUAAUAGUGAGCUCAUGCCCUGGGAUCAUCAGUUCCUCAGUGGUGUCUUGCGUGCUGAAAGGUACAAUAUCGAGCCCAGUUUGUACAGUCCGUAUCUGUCCCUGGGAGCUUGUAUGGACGGAUUAAACAACCUCUUCUCCCAGCUGUAUGGCGUCUCCCUCAUGUCUGAACAGCCCAGCGCCGGAGAGGUGUGGAGCGAAGACAUUCGCAAACUGGCUGUGGUACACGAUGCAGAGGGAUUACUGGGAUACAUCUACUGUGACUUUUUCCAACGACCAAACAAACCUCACCAGGACUGUCACUUCACCAUCCGUGGUGGCCGCUGGUGUCAGGAAACGGGCCAGUACCAGCUGCCGGUUGUGGUGCUGAUGCUGAGCCUGCCCCACCCCACCAAGAGCGCCCCCACGCUGCUCAGUCCAGGCAUGAUGGAGAACCUUUUCCACGAGAUGGGGCACGCCAUGCACUCCAUGCUGGGGCGGACCCGCUACCAGCACGUGACGGGAACCAGAUGUGCCACAGACUUUGCUGAAGUCCCUUCCAUCCUCAUGGAGUACUUUGCCACUGACUAUCGAGUCAUCAGCCAGUUUGCACGUCAUUAUGAAACUGGACAACCUUUGCCUGAGAGCAUGGUGGCUCGGCUCUGCGAGUCAAAGAAGGUGUGCGGAGCUGCAGACACCCAGCUGCAGAUUUUCUAUGCAGCCUUGGACCAGAUCUACCACAGCAAACCUCUAAACUGCUCCACCACAGAAAUUCUGCAAGAGAUGCAGCAGAAGUUCUAUGGCUUGCCUUACACGCCCAAUACGGCAUGGCAGCAGAGAUUCAGCCACCUGGUUGGCUACGGAGCCAAAUACUAUUCCUACCUCAUGUCCCGCGCCGUCGCCUCCAUGGUGUGGAAGCAGUGCUUCGCUCAGGACCCUUUAAACAGGGACAUGGGCGAGCGUUACCGUCGGGAGAUGCUGGCCCACGGGGGAGCGAAGGAGCCCAUGCUGAUGGUGGAAGCUGAACCUGCGGCAAAUUAAAUCAGCAGAGAAUCUGUGGCUGCACUUCAGUUGAAUUUAGGAACCAUCUAAAGGUUUGUGAAGGGAUUCAUUAAAUUUCAGUUUACACAUUCAAAUCACUCCACCUGUAACAGGAAAAAACGCUGCCAUUAGUUUGAGCUGCAUUAUUUAAGCUGUUUUUUUUUUAACUUGAAAGCUUUUUUAACAAACAAAAAACAGAAAAAAUAAAACUACAAAUUUGUACGGCAUGUAAGCUUCUUCACGUUUUUAUUUACAAGUACAUGGAAGUGACCAAUCACGACCAUCAACACUAUAGCGCAGGGGAGAACACAGUGUUACAAAAAUAUUGACCUAUUUUCUAUUUUACAGUAUCUACAACACAUUUAUCAAUUACAUUCCUUUUUUUACAUUUUCACUUGUUCCUUGUUAUCAAGAUUGUCUUCAAUGUGCAACAUAUUCAUUU